CAAAGAAGCGCGCGCUCAGGACUGAAAACAACAGAUCAUGCCCCCGCACUUAGGAGACAGCCACCGCAGGUUUCUCCAGUCCAUGAUGUCCAACAGCGUCAUGGAUGAACAACAGGCACGUGCACUUUACCAGCACUGCUGUGACAUUCAUAAAGCACAGUGUGUUCCUGACAAGUUGGAUGAUUUUAUUGAAACCAUCAACUCAAAACUCCAGCCUAUGUUCAUGCAGAUAAGAAAGGGGAUGUCAGAGGACAAUGGCCAGCAGUAUUACGCUUUAGUGAACAUGGCUGAAACAGAUGUGACUAGAAUGUCCUCUGAUUAUGCUGAUAAUGAACUGGAGCUUUUUAGGAAAACAAUGGAUCUAAUUGUGAGCUCUGAAAAUGGUAAGGUUUCUUCCACUGAUGUCCUAAACGUUGCUGACACUUUGACUAUCAAAAAACUCAAGAAAAGUGAAGCAGAGCAGGUUUUGAACCGACUUGUGCAGGAUAAAUGGCUCAAUGAGAAAAGGGGGGAAUUCUCUUUGUCCAUCAAAUGUAUCAUUGAGAUGGAGCCAUACAUAAGAAGAAUGUAUGAAGACCAGCUCAAAAUGUGUCAUAUAUGUCACAACGUUGCUUUCCAGUGCCAGAUUUGCGACAGUCCCACGUGUGGAAUAAAAAUACACAAUCCAUGUGUGGCCAGGUACUUCAAGGGCAGAGUUGAGCCCCGGUGUCCGGCUUGUGAUGAAUUUUGGCCUUACGAAAUCCCUGAAGUCCGGCACUAAGAUCUGUCCUGUGAAGAUGAUCUAGUUUUCUGUUU